AUGCACACUGCUGGUUCAGGCACAAUUACUCAUGUCACGUUUAUUUAUUUAUUUUAGAUUCUCUAGUUGAAUCUGAUGAACUUAAGGAAAAAAAAGCUCGUCUGGCUGAAGAUUUGAAUGAAAAGAUUCUUCACCGUCCUGGGCCUUUAGAACUAGUAAAGAAGAAUAUACUUCCUUUAGCUACUGGUAUAAAAGAUGGGCUAAAGGGUGAGUUUUUCUUUUUUCAAAUAGUUAGUGGUGGACAUUCUAGAAUAAUAAGGAAAAUGUUUUAAUUUAUCCAUGGCAGCAUAUACAUAUGGGCAAGGCUGGCAUCAGAAAUUUUAGGGCCCCUGACACAGCUCAAGAUCUGGGCCCUCCGGGGCCAGCCCCAAGUCCGCCCACAAGGGUGUAGUGUGUGUGUGUGUUUGUGUGUGUGUGUGUAUAGUGGAUGUAGAAUGUGUUAUGGAUGCAGUGUGUAUAGUGGAUGUAGAAUGUGUGUUAUGGAUGCAGUGUGUAUAAUGGAUGUAGAAUGUGUGUUAUGGAUGCAGUGUGUAUAGUGGAUGUAGAAUGUGUGUAGUGGAUGCGGUAUGUGUGUCAUGGAUGCAGUGUGUAUAGUGGAUGCAGAUUGUACGUUUUGUGUAGUGUAUGUAAUGUUUGAAUGCCUGCAUUAGAUGCAGUGUGUGUGUGUAGUGAAUGUAGGUGUGUAUAGUGAAUGCAAAGUGUUUUUUUGUAGUGGAUGUAGUGUGUAUAGUGUGUAUAGUGAUUGUAGUGUGUAUAGAGCAUGUAGUGUUUGUGUAGCGAGUGCAAAGUGUGUUUAGUAAAUGUAGUGUGUUUGUAGUGAAUGUAGAGUGUGUGUGUAGUGUAGAGUGUGUUUAGUGAAUGUAGUGUGAGUGUUUAUUGCAGUGUGUGUAAAAUAGGGGGGAGGGGAGUAUUUUUAUUUAUUUGUGAAUAUUUCAAUUUAUUCCCCCCCCCCCGGUUCUUACUGUGCCAGGGAGGGGGGAGAUCGCAUUCCCUGGUGGUCCGGUAGCAUGGUGGAGGGAGCCAGCCGCGGUACAUUGAAGAGGGGGCCCAGCAGCACGUCUUCCUUUCCAGCUCCUCUCUGACUAACUCUCACGAGACAGGCCUGCGUGCUGUGCAGAGAGCGUUGCCAUGGUAACCUGUUGCAACGCACUGGCGGCCGCAGGGAAGUUAGACAGAGAGCAGCUGGAAAGGAGGACAGAGUGUGCUGCUUGGUCCUCUCUUCAGUGUUCAGGUAGCAGGGGGCCCUCUGUGCACAUAUAUAUAGCGAAAAUCGCUAUAUAUGUGCACAUAAGGAAUGUGGGGCUCGUACUGCCAGAGUAGUUCAGGCCCCUCAGGACUGCCGGGCCCAUGACCACUGUUAUGGUUGUCAUGCCCUGAUGGCGGCCCUGCAAAUGGGUUAGUUUCAUCUAAUGCAGCAGAGAGGACAGGAAACAUAAAAAAAAAUCUAUUAGAAGGCUCCCUAGCCAUGUGACCAAGACAGCAUAUACAAAUAGGUUAAUUUCCAACUUUUAAGUGGCAUGGGGUGAGGGGGCAGAAAUUAAGACAAAUAAAUAUAAAAACAUGUUAUGAAAUAUAAUUUAUACAUACAAUUAAAGUGUUCAUAAAGUAGCUAAAGGUACCAUAACCAAGCUGAAUAAUGGAAAGGGUAAUUUCUCAAUGUGAAAAAUACAGAAUAUCAAAGUCCUACUAAAUGCAGGAAAAGAAUACAAACUGUACACCAAACAUGAAGCCAUGCUGCAUCAACCCAGAAAUGAAUGAUAAUCUGGCAGAUAACGGAUGCCAUUACCAGUGCACAUGUUAGAUCCAUCCUGCAUAACAAACAGCGAAAAUUAGAAAAUGCAAAAAUCAAUCUACAAUGGGAAAACAGAGUACAUAUCUGGUGAGUAAACUCUGAAAAUAUCCAAGUUGGGGUAUUAACAUUCCCAGAACAUAUAAGGCUACCAAAGAAUGCACACAAUGGCUUUGCAUUUUCACAAAUUUUCUGAAUUGUGUGCUACUAAUAGGCUGAUAGUGUCAGCAGUGCCCAGUUUUUUGCGCUUCUAAUUUAAUGCUUUGGAAAUUCAGAGAAGGUACAAGGGCAGAAAUAUCAGGCACUGGCUUGCAGACUUUAUGGUUAAACCAUUCGUUAAUGGUUUAACCCCGUCAAGUAAGAUGUUGCCCGUGACCUUCUCACACCAUAACAACUUCAAUGUGAUUAAGUUGUUAUGGUGCCCAAAGUGUCCCUUACUAUUUUUCUUUUAGAAAUUACCAUCCUGGCAUGCUUUUUUUCAUAGCCUACUAUAUUUUUUUUCUUCGGUUUUGCGGCAUUAAAGAAAUGUCUAAAAAAAACAAGUUGUCUCUGCUAAGAUUAGUUACGUUAGGCAGGCAUUGUAUGUCUAGUAGGAAAAUACACCUGGUCUGAUUUACACCAAUAAGCAGGUUUUAUUUCCUGCCAUUUGGUUUACAGAUCAGGUGUGAAAAAGUAAACAUUAGAGAGGAAAAGUCAUCUAAGGCAAAGGAAAGGUUUUUUUACUGUAAGAACAAUAAGGAUGUGGAAUUCUCUGCCAGAAGAAGUGGUUUUAUCAGCGUCCAUACAGAUGUUCAAAAGCUACUAGAUGUAUACUUGCAAAAACAGAAUAUUAUAGGAUAUAAUCUUUCAAUGUAGGGUAAUAACUGCUUGAUCCAAGGAUAAAUCUGACUGCAAUUCUGGGGUCAAGAAUGAAUUUUUUUCCUAGCUUGUUGCAAAAUUGGCAGUGCUUCAUGUCGGUUUUCGGUGAUCCUUCAAUAUUGAUAGUUAUGGCUCGCUUCAGGUAUGAUGUGGACCUUUACCGACAAAAGGUCACUCCGGGUCAUUCUAAGCUUAGUGUGUCUUUAUGCAAUCUAUAGCUGUAUACGGAGCAGACCCUUCCGUUCCCAAAUUACUUAUAAAUACUGUUUUCCUUAACCAUUCUAGAUGAUAACUUGACUAUCACUAAAAUAAUCCAGUGUCUGAAGACCCAAAAGGCACUGUAAUAAUAUUGUAAUAAAUGAAACAAUGACUCAAAUAAAUAUAAGAUAAAAGUGUAUUGAAUGAAUGUUACAGAAUGCAAAAUAGUCAGUAAAUAAUUAAUCUUACCAAAUGUAUUAGUGGCUACAGCAUAUGUCCCUGUAUACCUUUCAGAUGUGUGGUGACAGCAGGCAGAGUAAGAGUAGAUGGAUGAAUGAAUGAAUGGUGAAUGACAACGUCACACUCUUUCUCCUUCAGUUAAAUAGUCAUUUUGUCCUCCAUAAAGCAGCCCCCACCUGUGUAAUACUCCCAAAAAGGUAUUCUAACUUGUUGCAUGAUGUAAUGUAUUGAAUAUCUAAGUUUGGGAUAUACCCUAGAUGGCUCUGCCUAUAGUUAGCUUCAAAAUUAAGUGUUUUGUAUACAUUUGACUGACAACACAUGUGUUUGUUCUAAUUUAACUUCAACCUUUUAGCUGUUAACCUUGUGGAAAUGUCAUUGAAAAUUUAACUUUUUCAAAUCUAAGCAAAAAGGCCUGCAAUAUUUCAUACACCUAUUUUAUACAGCUAAAUGUACAUUCAUAUUAGAUAUAUAUAUGCACCAUACCAUAUAAUACAUAUAUAUAUUGCAAACUACACAUUAAAUAAUGAUCAACACUCCACACUUCAAACUGGGUUUUUUGCCUUCUUUUGGAACAACAGCAAAAAACAAAUGUGAGGAAGGCUGAACUUGAUGGACGCAAGUCUCUUUUCAGCUAUGUAACUGUGACAAGACCAAUCUCGCCACAUUGCAUUGGAGAAGCCUGGUUGCUCGCCUGUUGCCUUUGGAUUAUGGCCCCAUGUUAAAAGGCUUGAUUUUCCCCUGCAAAGACAAGAAAGCCGGGUCAUUUGGUGCUUGCCCUGUUUGAGCGGUGAUACCCCAGAUAGCUAUGCCAUGGAGCCCAUUCGUAUAAUGAAAGACUAUGGGAAAGACUUUGGCUCCAUGGCAAUUGAACUGUAUGUGUGUGCUCUGAGCGCCAUUCAGUAAUAAUGUGCGCUCAGAUCUGAGCUAUCUGGGGAUAUGUUGAAUGUACCUGUUUUGUGCAAUGGCUGCACAUGUUUUUAUGUGUUUUAUUGUCUUUUGCUGCCAUGUGUUCAAUGGAGUUUUGCCUCUGUCCUUGGAGAUAAUUGGAUUACUUCCCAAUUAUCUCCAGGAUAGAAGACUCUGUGGAACUGGUUUUGGGCAGAAAAGCCAUGCUUCCUUUGGUCACAAAGGAGUACGAUCUAUCUUUUGAACCACUGGACCAAUUUGGAUGAUUUUGACGUAUGUUUGUAUUUGGAGUAUGCUGAUUCUGAAAAUGUAAGUUAUAUGUGAAUGUGAUGCAUACUUUUCAAGUUAUGAAUAAUGUGGAAAAAUUGUAUUUCUCUGCUUGUUAUAAUUACAUUACCCAUUGUGUAAGGUAAUUGAAUCACAGGCAGAGGGGAGGAUUUUGUGUGGGAGUGUCUGAAUGUAUUGUAUGUGUUUAUUGGUUGUUUUCCAAAAAAUCACUACUAAUGUGUAUAUAAGAACAAUAAACCCACACCUCUGACUGUUCACUGCUUGACCCUCAACACGGAGCUUUGUCUCAUUCUUGGGGGGGGAUUUACUGUAUGCUGUUCCAGUUUGACUGCUAGGAGUGUAAACCUAUUCGGAUGGUUUUUCCUAUUCGGCUGUUUAAAGCAUUCAUAUGGUUUCCUGUUCGGCGGAUUGGUGUUCUGCAGUAGUUGUGCCUGUGUCUCUGGAAGGGGAAGAUCUACUAAACGGCGGUUUAACCGUUGUGUGCAAAACGGUCCGUUACAGUAACUAUGUCCCCGAAACAAAAGGCAAUGACCCAUCAUUUCCGUAAAUAUAAAUAACAAACAACAGUAAUAACAGACAUCAUAAACACAAUAUAAGUGCCAAACUUUGUUAAAUAACCACAGUAGGGGUAUUCCCAGAUACCCCUACCACCCACCAGAUUCUUAGCCACCACAAGCUCGAAACCUACCAAUGAAACCAAUCCAAUUCCCACCUCCCUAUUUUCUUCACUAGCUCAUUACGGAGCCCCAGAAACGUGGCUUCCAUAGCUGCCACAAUCCGGAAGGAGUGUGUACCGAAUUGUUACUGCCUCAGACCCAAUCUCCGAACUCCCAAGUGAAAAACUCAGGCAAACUGGAAGCGCGACACCACACUAUCCACCCCCGUAGUGACAUCAGACGCCUGAAUGCCGCCAUGACCUCGCCUGUUCGUGCUGACCAGUUCCCCAAUACGAAAAGCCCUAAAAAAGGCCAAAACAAACGCCAUGCCAAACAGGUCAGCCUCAAAGUCCGAGAAGCAAAUCUCAGGCAGUACCCGCACCAGGCUCCCCAGAACACUGAUAGACACCAGCCGCCAUGCACCUGGAGCCCUCUGCCCCCUCCGGAAACCUUUCAAAGCAUGAUGGAUAACAAAAUGUUUUGUCAAAUCCCCCCAACCGCGCAACUUAGACCAAAAUGCGAGCGCAGCCAUAUUCCUGUCCACUCCUGCCAGAGAAGCGCCCCUGGCCAGUAGCUCAAACCCAAACCACAAAAGGGCCUCCCCCUCCCCCUGCGCUCCGGGCGCCGUCAUCCAGAACCGGGACCACUUAAAGCGAGACAAAGCAUCAGCCACAAUAUUGAAGUAACCAGGGACAUGCCGCGUGCUGAAGACACAUUGAGGGACAUACACAUAAGGACAAAUAUGCUCAAAAGCCACACCGCCGGAGCCGACGACGAUAACAGAUUAACGGCGUGCACCACAGACAUGUUGUCCAUGUGGAAAACCACUUUCCUAUGCUUCAGCAAGUUACCCCAAAGCACCACAAGUAGCGGAAACAGCUUGAGGAAAGCCAAGCUGCGCAUCAAGGCGCUCACCACCCACCCCCUUGGUCAAGGUGCCGCACACAAACGUCCCCCGAAGUAUGCCCAGAAGCCCAAGCUACCCGAAGCAUUCGUGAACUGUUCCAGAUCUGCAGCUGCAACCCCCACCUGCCUGAAAGUUACUGUCCCAUUAAACCCCCACAGGAACACGUCCCAGACCUCCAGGUCAGCUUUCAUAGUGGAGGUGACCCGAAUAAAGUGAUGAGGCGAAUGGAUUCCGACCGUGGCCCUGGCCAGACUCCUCCUGAAAAUCCUCCCCAAAGGCACCACCCUGCAAGCAAAAGUCAACUUCCCCAUGAAGUUGCAGCAGCGUUACCUUACGCGCCCAACACACUUCUACCACCACCGCCCGCAACCCCAGCAGCUUAUCCUGAGGAAGACGAGAUUCCCCCUUUCGAGAGUCUAUCUCAAUGCCCAGGAAACACAGACAGGCGAUCGGGCCUUCCGUCUUGGACCCCAUAAGGGGGACGCCGAACUUAUCCGCCACACACUCAAUGGUCCACAGCAGGUGAAAACUGCGCUGAGAGUCAGCAGGCCCAACACACCAAAUAGUGGACCACCAACUGACACCCGCCUUUAUCUUCACCACACUGUAAGAAAGUGCUGCCCGUGCUUACUGGUCCACGUAUCUGUGGUUAUGUGGACUUUGCCACUGAUGGAGUUGUGCAGUGCACACCUGAUUUUGUCCGCCAAUUGGUUGUGCAGGGAAGGGUGGCAGCUGGGAACUACGUACUGUGGGACAGCCACCGCCAUCAGGUUUUUAAAACUGUCCAUCUCCACCAGACGGAAUGACAGCAUUUCAAAGGCAACAAAUUUUGAAAUGCUGGCAUUCAGGGCCAGGGAUCACGGGUGGGUAGGGGCAUACUUCCUCUUUCUCUCCAAUGUUUGGGAGAUGGACAGCUGAAAGCUUUCAUGGGACAGUGUGCAGAUGCUUGGGGACAGUGGCGGACUUGGAGGCGUUGCUGCCACAUCUUCUGUUUGCGGGGUGGCAGGUGCCACUGUCACUCCAGAGGUGGAGGAAGGGGCCGAGACAGAAGAGGAAGCAGGAGGAGCCUGAGACCUUUCUUGGUUUUUGAUGCGCUUACUCCACUGCAGCUCGUGCUUUGCAUGUAGAUGCCUGGUCAUGCAGGUUGUGCUCAGGUUUAGCACAUUUAUGCCGCGCUUCAGGCUCUGAUUGCACAACGUGCAAACCACUCGUGUCUUGUCGUCAGCACAUUGUCUGAAGAACUGCCACGCCAGGGAACUCCUUGGAGCUGGAUUUGGUGUGCUCGGUCCCUGGGUGCGGUGGGCAGUAACAGGCAUACCGUCUAGGGGAUGGCUGCUCCACUUUUGCACCCUGCUCCCUCUUAUGCUGUGCUGGUGCCUCUGUGCGACCACUGCUUCUUCCUCCAAACUGGACACGUCACUCGCAUGACCUUGAUUCCAUGUGAGGUCUAGGACCUCAUCAUCCUCCACAUCAUCUUCCACCCACUCCUCAACCCUGCACUCCUUGCCGGUCUGCAUACUGCCGAAAGCCACAGCAGUUGGCACCUGUGAUUCUUCAUCAUCAGAUACAUGCUGCGGUGGUCCUUGCAUGUCCACAAACUCACACAUAAGUGGUUGUACAUCAGUGCACUCAAUCCCUUCCACUUCUGGGGCAGGGCUAGGUGGAUGGCCCAUGGAAACUCCACCAUCAGAGUCAUCAAAAAUCAUAAGAGACUGCUGCAUGACUUGUGGCUUAGACUGCUUGGGUGAUUUGCAAGGGGGUGAGGUGAUAGACAGAUGGCCAUGGGCUGCAGGUGCCAACUCUGAGCUUUCAGCAGGGCACCGGGUGGGAGACAAUGUGCAGGAACUGGAGGCACUGUCAGCCAUCCAAUCUACUAUCGCCUGUACUUGUUCUGUCCUUACCAUUCGUAGAGCGGUAUUUGGGCCUACCAAAUAACGCUGAAGGUUCUGUCAUGUACUGUCACAUGAGGAAGGUGUUUCACUUGGGCGUGUAGCUGGCACAUCCUCUCCUUGCAACAGGGAUUCCACCAACACCAGAAGCACCAUGACCAGGGCCAUGUCCCUUAUUUGACGCUCUCCUCAUUCUUUGCGUUCACCCACCAAACUAACAGAUGGUUUAUGUCAGGCGACAAUGUAACCGCCAACAGUCAAUUUUUUAUUUUUUUUUAGUUUAUUGGACUGCAAGUAAUGCAUCGCAGGCCGCAAAUUUACUAUUUAGCACAGAAAAAAAUUAGAAUUUUUACAAGUGCGCUGUAAGCACACUAUUAGACUCUUCUAUUUGACUCUCAGAUAUGAAGAGCAAGCCACAAAAUGUACUGUUUAGCACCAAAACAAUUAGAAUGUUUACAAUUGCACUGUAACCACAGUAUCUGACGCUUCUAUUUGACUUUCAGAUAUGAAGAGCAAGCCAUAAAAUGUACUAUUUAGCAGAUUAGCAGCCAGAAAAUAAGAAUGUUUACCACAGCGCUGUAAGCACACUAUUAGACGCUUCUAUUUGACUCUCAGAUAUGAAGUGCACCCCACUAAAAUACUAUUUAGCAGUUUAGGACCCAAAACAUUUUUAGUUCUAAAACUGCAAUGUGACAGCAGUAUUUGACACUUCUAUUUGACUCUCAGAUAUGAAGUGCACCCCACUAAUGUACUAGUUUGCAGAAUUCUUUUCUAAGCUGUCCCUAUCAGUGGCAGCAUCCUCUCCCUACACUAAUAAGACCGCAUGUGCGUGCGGCGCUACGUGACUCUAGCUUAUAUAUAGAGGCUGGGUCACAUGCUGCACUGGCCAAUCACAGCCAUGCCAUUAGUAGGCAUGGCUGUGAUGGCUUCUAAGGGCACACGGGUCAAACGCUUGUUGAUUGGCUUCCCUGCAGCCUUUGUAAACGCGCCAUUAAAUCGGCGAACACCGAACUCCAACCCGAACAUACAGUGAUAUGUCCGUGUUCGGGUCCGGGGUUCAAAAAAAACCUAAUGUUCGCUCAACUCUAGUGGUGAAUCAUGCGAAACUUCCCCGGUUCCUUUUUAGGGACGACCCCCAGCAGAGAAACCCGCAAAUUGGGCAAGGGGAGGGACGUAAAUGGGUCCGCCAUCCUAGCCAGCUGCACUUCCUUACCCAGCUUCUCCCGCACCUCACUACCACUGGGAAUUCAUAAACCGACUUCAAGUUAUGCACACUACCUGGCCCCCCCUUUCUUGAAAAGGGAUAGAAAAGCACUCCCCAAAGCCUACGCGCAAAAACGCAGCAUCUGCCUUGUUACUGGAUUGGUAUCACAGCGAGCUUCACCGGCAGUGAUCCCCAUGGCAACGGGAACAGUCCCGCUGGAGCCCGCACCAGAGCCCGCCCCAGCCUUACCUCACUUAAAACAUCUGUUGAGGCCAUGGGCACCUCCGCAGCCUGAGUACUAAUAUGCACCAAGUGCCCCACUUGCACUGGCCCUUGUUGAAGAGCAACAAGAGCUUUAAAGCAGCUGAUGAAGAGGAGUGACUUCCAGUGCCGGUCGCUGACUGAAAGGGUGUCGACUUCUGUGCCAUCAUUAGCUUCAUCCCAGGGUUCGCCGCAAGUCGCUGCCAAAUUUGCUCAUUGUAUUUCCACCAUGCCAGACAGUCAUAUGUGUGCUAGACCUCCCACACCCCAUCCAGAUAGCAGAACAAUGAGUAACACAGACCCGGCAACGUCUCCCCAAAAUCACCGGCUAAGAUGCAGAAAGCACCCAUGCCGCUCCACGAUCCCGCGCCGCCGCUCUCACCUCCGCCAGGAGCUGCUCCACUGGAUACAUUCUCUGGGCCUUGAACCUGCAGAUAAAGAAAGCCGAAAAACAUACCAGGCCCAAACUGCAGGCAGGAGUUGCACACAACUUAGGCCAGAUAGGCAGAUUAAAAGUGCCUAAUUCUAAACUGGCUGCCUAUUUAUACUGGGCCAACCCCCUAACACUCUAACUCCAAUCCCAAGGGGGGCCUUCCCCCUAUGCCCGCCUCCUAGCUCUGUCAAGUCCCUUUCCACUAAACUGCCCUUGUUCCAUAGGGUUACAACUUGUUUGCACAGUUACCCAUCUAUAUGGUACUUCGGGGGUUACAAAAUUCAAACAACUCGGCCUAAAUUUUAGAUGAAUUGCAAGUCAUCUUAAAAUGAAAAUGCAAAGUUUACUGGAGAGUACAACCUUAUUAAAUAGAACACAAUCAACACAAAUUAGCUUUAUCAUUCAUAUUAUUUUGGUGAAAUGAUAGUUGGACUGCUAAAUGUAUUCCAAAACAGCCCAUGAGAAAAAUAUUACAAAUUGUCUGCCUUGGCUGAAAUUUUGUGAUUCAGUUGGUAUUUUCCAUAAGUCAAUGGAAAAUAAACUAUUUUUUAAUUUACUCUCAGAACCCCAUGUUUUUUUAUGAAAAUACAUCACCUUAGAUUAUUAGGAAUGUAAAAAUAUUAGAAAAACAAAUAGAAUUUGUAUAUAUUCAAUAAAAAUAUAUUUCAGUUUAAUAUCUUGUCUCAUCAAAUGCAGGGUGAUACCUCUAAAUGUAAACAUUUGUAAUAGCUUGUCACAACAUAAUAGGGAUUGUUCUUAUAUGCAUUUUCACAUGUAUAAUGUAUUGCCUAGGGAACCAAAUGAAACGUCAAAUAAUACCAAUUCAUCACACUCUAUAUUUAUAUUCAGCAAACAGAUUAAUAAAUUAUUAGUACUGAAUCGAAUAUGUAUGAAAGAAAAUAAAUGAUCAUAUUAUUGCUAUUAUUUUAUUUAUUACCUUUCAGAAAAAUAUAACCAAGCUUUUGGACAUAUUUUAAUUGCUUCUGCCUUGCUUGUGCCUUGUGCAUUCACAAAUACAUUUUACAGUAUUAUUAUAUAUGGAUGUAUUUAUAUACACAGUUGUGCUCAAAACUUUGCAUACCCAGGCAGAAAUUGUGAAAUUUUGGCAUUAAUUUUGAAAAUAUGACUGAUCAUAAAAAGACAUUUUGAUAACAGAAAUCACUCAAAUGGCCUAGAUCAAAAGUUUACAUACCCUUGAAUGUUUGGCCUUGUUACAGACACACACAGGUUUAAAAUGGUAAUUGGAGUUUAUUUUCUCACACCUGUGUCUUUUUAAUUUGCAAUUAGUGUCUGUGAAUAAAUAGUCAAUGAGUUGUUAGCUCUCACAUGGGUGAGAUUGCUAUUCACAGAUUGCUGAAUACACACACAGACUGCUGAAUACACACACACACACACACACACACACACACACACACAGACUGCUAAAUACAUACACAGGCUGCUGAAUACACACACACACAGACUGCUGAAUACACACACAGACUGCAGUGAGGGGUGCAGUGUAUGUGUUUGUGUGUUGCAGUGCUGUGUGUGUAGGUGUCCUGCAUGUUCGUGAGGUGCUGUUUGUGUAUGAGGGGUGCUGUGUGUGUGUGAGAGGGGUACUGUUUAUGAGGGAUGCUGUGUGUAAAAAGUGCUUUGUGUGUGAGAGGUGCUUUGUGUGUGAGGUGCUGUGUGUGUGUGAGGUGCUGUGUGUGAGGGGUGCAGUGUGUGUGUGUGAGGUUCUGUGUGUGAGGAGUGUUGUGUGUGUGUGUGUGUGUGUGUGUGUGUGUGUGUGUGUGUGUGUGUGUGGGGGGGGGGCGGGGUGCUGUGUGUGAGGAGUGCUAAGAGCAAAUGUUUUUAUAUUUGUGACAAACUACCCUUUGCCACUGGCUUCUGGAGGAGCCUGAUUGCCAGCCUCCUGCCCCAAGACUAUGGGCCCUGCAUAAAGACAUGCUAAAAAGGGUCUUCCAUGGGAAAAUGUGCCUCUUCCCCUCUCCCUUUUUCCUGUCCUAUUGUUCUCCAGCAGGGCGUUGUCUCAGGGACACUGCUAGACCAGUGGAAACUGGCUGCUUUGUCCCUUCUCAGUCUCUCAUCAGCCCCAUGGCGAUCCAACUGUAUUCGUGAGAUCAGAGUGCUUUUCGGACAUAUUGAGGGCUCAGAUCCAAGCUAUCUGGGAAUAUGCUGGACAUAUAGGUUAAACAUUGUAUUAUAAGAGUUAUGUAUUUUUAUGUGGUUUUUGUAACAGUUUUUGAUUAGAUUUAUAUCCUGUACCUGGAAAUUAUUAAGUUACCACAGCCACUUAUCUCCAGGAUAGAGGAGAAGAUAGACCAGCCACACAGCCUAAAUCUGUGGAACUCUUUUGGGCAUGAAAACCAUGCUUGCGGUUGGUCAAAUGGGACUUCCACAAAACUUUUGAACCCCUGCUCUGAUCUGGGUGAUUUUUUGGAUAUGUUGUUUACCCAGAUCAGGGCUAUCCAGGGAUGGGGAUAUGUGAUGUUUUGGGGUGUUUUCUGUGUUUUGUGAAAAAUGUAUGUUUUCUGCCUGAUGGUAAUUGAGUUAGUCCAUUGUGUUUGGUAAUGGUAUCACAGGCAGAGGGGAGGGUUUGUGUACAUUAUGUAGGAGUGCCUAACUGUACAAGAGUGUUUUGAUUGGCUUUUGUAACUUUGUGUCCUGUGGUAACCUUGUGGGAAAACUUGUAUAUAAGAGACAAUAAACCCUCAGUUCAUUCUGUUUCUGCUUAAAGGAACACUAUAGUCCCCUAAAUUACUUUAGCUAAAGCAGUUUUAGUGUACAGAUCAUUCCCCUGCAAUUUCACUGCUCAAUUCAUUUAGGAGUUAAAUCUCUUUGUUUCUGUUCACGCAGCCCUAGCCAUACCUCCCCUGGCUAUGAUUGACAGAGCCUGCAUGAAAAUAAAAACUGGUUUCACUUUCAAACCGAUGUAAUUUACCUUAAAUAAUUGUAUCUCAAUCUCUAAAUUGAACUUUAAUCACAUACAGGAGGCUCUUGCAGGGUCUAGCAAGCUAUUAACAUAGCAGGGGAUAAGAAAAUCUUAAUUAAACAGAACUUGCAAUACAGAAAGCCUAAAUAGGGCUCCCUUUACAGGAAGUGUUUAUGGAAGGCUGUGCAAGUCACAUGCAGGGAGGUGUGACUAGUGUUCAUAGGAUUUAACUCCUAAAUGGCAGAUGAUUGAGCAGUGAGGCUGCAGGGGCAUGUUCUAUACACCAAAACUGCUUCAUUAAGCUAAAGUUGUUCAGGUGACUAUAGUGUCCCUUUAACCCUCAAUCCGUAGCCUCGUCUCGUUAUUGUAGGGAACUCCUAUUUUCACACUGGGGAUUGCUAUACUUUGUAUACUCCCCUGAGCUCUAAUCACUUAGCUCUUUUAAGAGCUGUUCCUGAUACACUCUCCUGGAGGAGAGGUCUUUCCCACACGGUCCUGGUUGAUCAAGGGUGGAAGGAAGAUGGCGAGACUCCAGUUAAGCUACGGCAGUUGUGGAGUCUGUGGUGGUUGUGGUGUCCGGUGCGGUGCUUAUGGUUCUUGGCGUCAGCUAGGAAGCGUCCGUCAAUGGAUGUGCCCAGUCAGGGUGCCAGGUGAUCCAUUACAAUAUUUUUUAAAAAUUAUAAUAUACAUACCCAUGGGGAAAGACAGCCCUGACCAUCCCCACUGUGAAGCAUGGUGGUGGCUUACUGAUUUACUGGGCUACUGCUUUAUUUCUCUAUCUGCAUGUAGGGCAUCUACAUGUUGCCUAAAUGGGGGCCUCCUGGGGUUUUCACUCUCUGACUAAGCUACCUGACAUAUUUUACAGUCACUAUUUCAUAAUUAGUAUUCACUCUCCGUGCAUACGUUCUGCUCAUCUAUUAGUCUCUUGUUCUCAUGCCUAGCACUGUGUUCAUUUUAUCGUGAUUUAAAAAAAAAAAUAACAGAAGUACUGCUCCUUAGAUCUACAUUGUCUGCUAAAUAUGAUCCUUAACACUGACUUUACAUUGCAUGAUUUGUUACCCUUGUUAUUGCUCAGCACAUCAAAACUAAAGAAUUUAAAAAAAAUCAUAUGCCCAACAAAACCUUGACAUACCUCACAGCUUGUGGCACAUUGUAAUUUGAAGUGAUGAGACCAAAAUAGAGCUUUAUGGUCACAACCAUAACCACUAUGUUUGGAGAGCGUCAACAUGGCCUAUAGUGAAAAGAAUACCAACCCCACUGUGUAGCAUGUGGUGGCUCGUUAAUGUUUUGGAGGUGUGUGAGCUCUAAGGCACAGGUAAUCUUGUGAAAAUUCAUGGCAAGAUGAAUACAGCAUGUCAGGGCUGCCAUCAGGGCUUGACAACCAUAAUGGUUGUCACAGGCCUGGCUGCUCUGGCAGUCCCAGGCUCCACUUUCCCUCCCUGCACACAUAGAUAGCGAAUAUCGCUCCAUCUACUCCUUCUCCCCCAGAAUCGGCCCUGCCCUGUACUUGGCUAGCGUCGGGUCCUCCCUGGUUUCCCUCCCGUACAUCUCUGGGGUAUCCCAGCCUAAAGGGGCCUGGUCUAAGGUACAAGUCGGGGGAGAGAGUCUUACCUGGGUCUCAGCAGCAGGUGGGCCGGUCUCGGCGGCAUGGGUCUGGUCACGGGUCGUGACAGCAUCCACUUCAGCAGGACCCAUGGGAGCAAAGGCCAAGUCAUUGCCAAGGAGAACAUCCGCGGGUAAGUCCUUCAUGACCCCCACAUUCACAUGUCUAGCGCCCACUCCCCAAUCCAAUGGGCCAGCCUGAUUCUUACCGCCCGGUCAAAGCUUGCCUCCUCGGGGGUUCUGUCAGCUGUGCUGGGUCCAUUGGUUCCCUCUGCCGCUGGUACUCCAUCCAUUUCCAGCAAUAGCGCAAUAAUAUCCCUCUUCCUGAGGUUACUGGCUUGUCCGCCUCUUUGCUCUAAUAAAUCCUUUAAGGUAGCUCUUCUCAGGUUCUGGUAUUGUAGUUCCAUUUAAUCCUGGUUGUAGUGGUUUCUUUGGGCGCUGAGGAUCAUCCCGUCGCUUGCCACCAGUUGUUAAGGUACCUCCAGUAAUAAAAUGUACAAACCGCCGUUUAGCGAAUAUUCCCCGUUCGCAAUAAUGUGGUCUGGUAGCGGGUAUAAUAAAACCAUGCGAACCGCCAGCUAGGGAACACUCCAAACUCCUGAACGGUACCUGUACGGCUAAUUCCCUUCACGAGCUUCAAAUCCACGAACGGCAAAUAGUAACCGAACGUCAAUAUCUCUCAAGCGGCAAAUAAUCCAAAUAAGCAGUCUCUAGUCGCUGGUAACCAAAUCCCCCCAAUAACGAGACCAAGCUCCGCUUUGAGGGUAAAACAUGAACUGAUUUACUGUGGGCUACCUGCCCGGUAUUUAUGCAGGUCUCCCACCUGGUGGACACUCCCCUAGGGGACCAAAUGGGAGACUGAAAUUACAGAAAGACAUGGGGACAUUUUGGACAUAUAUCCCCACAAUAUUCCCAGCAUGCAGUACAGUUCCCUCCCCUCUGCUUGGGGGAUAAUUGGGAAGUAAUUCAAUUAUCUCCCCGAGCAGAGGCAAUCGCCAUUUUAAAUGCAAGUCACAAAACACAUGAAAAUCUAUAACUUCAUAACUGCCGAACAUAUUGCAUUCGUAUUACAUAUCCCCAGAUAGCCUGGAUCUGAGUGCAUAUUAUUGGCGAAUAGCGCUCAGAUCCCAUUCGCACAGUUCAAUCGCCAUGGAGUCAAAGUCUAUUUCAGUUCUUCGGUAUGCGAUUGACUCCAUGGGGCGGCUAUCUGGGUUAAGUCCAUUCGUGUGGUUGAAUCUCCCGAACGGCUGGCAUUCGUAUACUUUUGUCGAUUGAGAAGGGGAGGUCGACGGCUUCAGCGGUGUUCGGCUGAAAAAGUGUCCGUUUUCAGAUCCAUGAAAUAAUCGUCGAACACCGCUGGUCUUUCGCAUGGUUAAAAUGGCCGCCGCCUCGUGGUCGACAUACGAACGACGACCACCCGGCAUUCGGUUUUAAUUGAGAAGUGUCUGUGGUUAACCGCAACGUUCUAAUUGGGAUCAAUAGGUUAACCAGCAGCACACUUCUCUUCUGGGUGGCCGUCCGUUCGGUAGUUCCGUUCGACAAAAACCGACAUUCCCUUGAAUAAAGCAUACGAAUGGGGAAAUUCAUGCAACCGGCAAAACAGGCGAACAAAGCAUUUGUAAUCCAGACAGAUGGGUCUGUCACACCCCCCCCCACCCCAAGAUUGCACAUUUACACACACACUGCAUACACUAACACAAAACACACACUACAUACACUAACACAACACACACACACUGCAUACACUAACACAAAACACACACUGCAUAAACUAGCACAACACACACACUGCAUACACUAACACAACACACACACUGCAUACACUAAUACAAUUAAGGGAAGUCCCUUAAUUAAACUAUGUAUAUAUAAAACAUAGCUUUUAAUUAUUUCUAUAAUAAAAUACUCAUGCUAAUAGAAAAGAAACAAGGAAAACAGAACAAUAUUAAAAUUAGGUUAGAUAGGUUAAGGAAAAAAUCUCCUGAAUGGGAUAUAUACCCUAAUAAUCUCUUAAAUAAAUCCAAUUAUAUCUUGGAAGAGAAGAGGGUCCCAAUAUAGUACUCGUACCGUAGCUUUAAAUAAUCACAAUAGUAGCAACUUAUUAUAGGGCUCCCAUCUAUAGUUAUGGAUAACUAAUAACCCUCACAAAGAGCCCCUAAUUAUCACUUAGAGAGCCCUUUAAGGCUAAUGUUGCCAAAUAAUGCUACACAUCAAGGAGGGAAGCUGAUAAAAAAUCAAAAAAGCAACAAAGUAGAUAAACAAUACUACUCAGCUAAUAUGCAAUCAAUAUCUCUGUUAGCAUAAGCUGCAAAGCCUCACUUGGCUAUAGUCUGGGCACAUAGUGGGGAAUAAGGGAUGGGGUUUCCCCUCUAAUACAUCUGAGGUAACAAUUGCCCAAAACAAAUAAUAAAUCCCCCUGGUCACCCACAACCCUCAGUAGAGUAGCAAAAUAGGAGCAAUUAAAACAUAGACUUCUAUCUGACUAGUCACAAGCUGUAAUUGCUGGAGUACCGCCACCUAUCUAACCUAACUGCCUGUUGCUUGACACGUGUUUCGGCGCUACUGAACGCGCCUUCUUCUGAGGCUAAACAGGGGUCCUCGUACUUCAGAGGAUAUUUUAUAGCCCGAUUACACCAAUGAAUAAAGUGGGGCCAGUCCGCGCCGAAAACGGGAUCUGUAGAAUAUUGCAUAUUCUAUGUUUCUAUUGAUUAUAUAUAUGGAUGUGUGGAUUGACAUAAGUAACAGAUGGUAUCAAUAAGUCACAAGGCUUUCUUUGUCCGAGAGCUCUGGAAUGUGGAUGUGGGGGGUUUUGUCCUUAUAUGGCUAGAGUUAUAUGCUGAUGUUAGUAUUAGCACUUCUAUAUAGUAACAGAGGGACACGAGGUCUCUCAGUCUAGUCUCACUCUUGGCUUGGCUCUGUACAACGAUGUAACUCUCCCAUCAGAAGUCCAGCAAUUACCAUCUGCUGUUGAAUGUCCAUUAUCCUGUAACAUCCUAUAUUAUGUUUUAUGUAUCCGUAACUAAGAAUAAACCUGAAGAAACCGUAAGUCAGAUUGCGUAUUACUACUUUUCAAUAAUAUAGACAUAUAUUAUUGUGGCGAGCAUUUGGCCCAAGAAUAUAUAUACAAAAGACGUAUAUAUAUGAAUCAACUGAAGACAAGAAGAAAUUAAGAAAGAGUCUACAUUAACAUCCAUUCAUCUACAUUUUUUACAGGAUCCGAACAAACCACGCCCCCACAUUGACGUGUCACCAUACAAUUGGUUGAUACUAUCUGUAUACAAACGUAAUUAUAAAGUUAACCAUGUGAGUUCUGCUAUCAUCGGGCUGAUAGCAAUAUCCUUUCUCUAGUAUAUCUGGCUAAAUAGCCAAGAGGUACUUAAUCAUGUAUGAAUGCUGCUAAGUAUGAAUAAACCACCCCAGUUUUAUCAAGUGGGAUACACCAUUGAUGUUAAAGAAUGUAAAAUUAAUCUCUUUACAUUCAUAUCAAUGUGUAUCACUAGUACCUGGAAUUGCAGCCCUAUAGUACAUAAUCAGAAUCAGCCUUAUGGAUAGCUUGCACCAAUAUAUGUAUAUUUACCAUGUUAACUGUUUAAUGCAACUAUAUAAAUGGGUAUGUCUCACGACAAUCUCAGAUUAUAAUGGACUUCAGUGGGUGAUCCCACUGAUGCCUUCAUAGAAUCUAAGGGAGAUCUGGUUAACCCUCUCAAAUUAUAAAAGGAACCAAAUCAGACCUCUAGACACUUCUUUUGCCUAGACAAAUAACCCAAGAGUGCAUCAGUUACAGGGAAUCGUAAUUUCUUAAAUAUCACAUUGAUCAGGUUAAACCACUGAUGUACAAAAUUAAUUAAUAAAGAGAAAAGAAUAAUGAGUAAAGAAAGUAUUUACAAUAUCUAUAAAGAUUAUAUAUACAUAUGCUAAAAUAAAAUUGCAUUCACUAGAAUACAAUUCUCCUUUGUGGUUUCAUUUCUCAAUAAAGGGAGUAUGUAACGGACCGUUUUGCACACAAGGGGUAAAAACCGUUUAGGCGAUCGGCCCCCUUUCCAGAGAUACAGGCACAGCUACUGCAGAACACCAAACUCCCGAACUGGAUACAAAAUAGCACUCCAAUUCCCGAACUGGAACCUCCCAAAUAGCUGCUAGCAGACAAACAGGAAAAGCAGACAAUCAGCUUACACUCCUGGCAAUCAGUCUCUAACAGCAUACAGUGAAUCCCCCCAAGAACGAGACUAGGCUCCGUGUUGAGGGUCAAGAAGUGGUCUGAGGUGCUGGCACACCCAGCCUGGUUUUUAUUACAGUCUUGCAAAUACAGGACCGCCCACAGGGAGGUAUAAAACAACCAAUCACAUCACAGUUACAUCCCACAUAUUCCCUCCCCUUAUCCUGAGAGGAAACUCAAUUACACAUACAGUUAAAACAUACUUUCUACCCAACUUUCAUAACUCUAAAACCAUACAUCACAUUCACAUAAAGUUACAUAUUCACAAUCAAUCCAUUCAGGGGAACAACAUAUUAAAAAAUGGCAUGAAUCAGACCAGGGGUUUAAAAGUUAGUAAAAAGUAUCUUUUGUACCCUGGCUGGCAGCAUGGCUAUCUGGCUCAAACAGGUUUUACAGAGCCCUCUAUCCUGGACAAUGGGGAAAGUAAUCCAAUUAUCCAGGGAUAGAGGCAGACUCCAUUGAGCAUGUGGGGACACAAAGACAGAAAAACACUUUAAAAUACAUCAGGUAAGACACCUUACAUUAAAACUAUACAUUUAACAUAUCCCCAGAUAGCUCAGGUCUGAGCGCACAUUAUUAAGUGAAUGGCGCUCAGACCACACGAAUACAGUUUAAUCGCCAUGGAGCCAAAGUCUUUACAGUCAGUUUCAUACGAAUGGGCUCCAUGGGAUUCCUAUCUGGGGUAUAACACAUUCAAACAAAUCUACCGAACCCCAGGCAGAAAAACACGAAUGCAGCUUUUCUGCAGGUAAAAAAUAUGUCUUUUAACAGGGGGCCAUAGUCUAAAGGCAGCAGGCGAGCAACCAGGCUUCUCCAAUGCAAUUUGGCGAGAUUGGUCUCGUCACAGAGUAAAAGUAAAACCCUCAUUUAAACCAUUGGGGGCCAAAGUUUUGAACCUGUGUAUCCAAUAGCAUUCUCUUUUGAGGAGGGUAAGAUCUAAAUCUCCUCCUCUACGUCCCAACAACACUAUCUCAAUCCCCGCAAACUUUACACCUCCAGGGUCCCCGUGAUGAUGACUCCUCAUGUGUCUUGCCACUGGGGUAUCUCCAAGGUUUCUAACAGAGUGUAUGUGCUCCAUAACUCUCCACUUAAGGGGGCGGAUAGUUUUUCCCAAAUAUCUAAGUUCACAUGUACAGGCUAAGAGAUAUACAAUACAUUUGGUGUUACAAUUAAAGAAUUGUUUAACAUUGCACACUAUUUUGUCACUUAAAUCUGUGAGACAUUUGGAGUCUUUCAUCAUGUACCUACAGGCCACACAUCUGCCACAUUUAUAAGUGCCUUGUAUAGAAAGCCAAUUUUGUCCAGCUUUUUUAGAGGAAAGGUACCAGAGCAUCCUUACUGCUUACACUAACACAACACACACACACUGCUUACACUAAUACAACACACACUGCAUACACUCAUACAACACACACUCUGCAUACACCAAUGCAAUACACACACUGCAUACACUAACACACACUCUGCAUUCACUACACUGACACACUCUCUGCAUUCACUACAAUAACACACACUCUGCAUUAACUGUACACACAGCAUCCACUACACAAACAUCCUGUACACACUACAUCCACAACAAAUUGAAACACUCUGCAUUCACUAUACACAGACACUGUGUCUAAUACACACACUACAUCCACUACAGACACUGCAUCCACUAAACACAUUUCAUCUAGCACACACAAACACUACAUCCACUACACAAACACACACAUCACUGUACACACACUACAUCCACUACUCAAAUACACUCUGCAUUCACUAUACGCACCGCAUCUGCUACACAAACACACACUCUGCAUUCACUACACAAACAGUAUCUAAUACACACAAACACUUCAUCCAUUACACACAUUCUAAUUCACUUCCACUAUACACACCACAUUCAGUCCUGCAUCAGUGGACUAGGUAGGGUGUGGGUGGGCCCGGGGGGGAGGGAAGUGCAAGAGGAGGGGGGCCCAGACCUUGUGCUUUGUCAGGGGCCCCAAAAUUUCUGAUGGCCCUGCAGCAUGUUAUCAGAAAACACUGGCAAACAAUUUGCAUUCUUCUGCAUGAAGGCAGCACAUAAAACAUUCUUCGACUAUCCAGCAUGACAAUGACCCUAAGCAUUUGCGGUUCAUGCAAGAUGACCAAAGACUUUGCAUGACCUGGAUACAUUUUGCCAAGACGAAUGGGCCUGCAAUAAUUAGGGGCCUCAUAGACAACUAUUACAAAAGACUGCACGCGGUCUUUUGUAAUAGUUGUCAUUGCCUAAAGGGGCAAUACACAGUAUGAUAAACUAAGGGUACUUUUGAUUAGAUGUAAUAUAUUUUUUCUUCUUUGUUGCCAUGUUUUGCUUUAUGAUUGUGCCAUUCUGUUAUAUUCUGUUGAAUAUGAAUCCCAUAAGAAAUAAAAAUAAAUGUGUUUUGCCUGGUCACUCAUGUUUUCUUUAAAAAGAUACAUAUAUGACCAAUUUUUCAAGGGUUUGAAAACUUUUGAGAACAAGCAAGUCACUUGGUAUUAUAUGUUUAUUAUACCCUAUAGCAUAGAAAUAGAAAUGUAAGAAUAUCUUUCAAAAUGUACAUUUUGUUAAAGUUCCAAAGUUAACAUGUUAUUUUGUCUGUUAUAUAUUAUUUCUUAAUAGACCAGAUGCAAAUGUCUUCAUCUUCUGAUACUUUCUCAUUUGAAGAUGACCUCAGCACCUCCUCGUCUUCGUCUUCAACCGCUUCUUCUCCACGCUUUGCACCUUCUCCAGGCUUGUCAGUGAAUCUAUCCCCAACAUCUCCCAACACUGUUUUUCAGGUAUGGCCAAAUUACUAUAUUGAAGUCUUGACUGACUUUAGACAGCAUAUUCAGUAAAAGCUUGCAUUUAUAAAUUAGUAAAAUAAAUUAUUUCAUACCUAACAAUAUCAAAUGAACACACUGGAAUUCAUAUCUUUGACCAUGGAAAAAGAUUAUCUACCCUACCAAAUUGCAUAAUUGCCUUGUUUCUUGCAGGCUGUUUUGCAAAAAUGACUAAACUUUAAAGAUAACAUAAUUUUCUUAUAGACAUAUAAUUUUCUUAUAGAUAUAUCGGGAUCUUGAUCUCUUACCAACAAUUUAGCAUGAUUUCUGCCUUACUCUUUGCAAUGAUACAAUAGCAUGGUUUGGUACUAUAGCUGCUUAGUAAAUGUGUCUUUGAUACAUAUUUUAUUAUAAAUAUUUUCAAGUUUGGAACUAUAUCGUUUUAUUUUUAAAUGUAAGUAAACUUUCAAUUUUCAGCCAAUACAAUUACAUUUUCUAAUGUUUUCAGUUUGGCAUUAAUUCACACUGUGGGGAAUAACGCUGAUAUAAUCAUGAUUAACUGCAUUCAAGUGUUUUUAUUCAUAUACAUUAAUUAUAUGUAUUCUAAUUAUAUUAUUCCAGCUGGAUCUUCCCCAGAUAAAUAAGGUGAAUCCAACUGUAGGGACAGUGAAUGAGUCUGAUUCUGUAGCAAACAGGCCAGCUACCCAUCAUCCCAUUCAGGCUUCAGCUCAUGUACCUAAGGUAAUUUUUCUCUCUCCUUCUUUAAUUUUGGAGUUUGUAAAUGCAAAUAUGAACCCUUACAGGAGCAUCUACAGAGUGUAGGAUGAGUGUAACAAGAAUUAUUGUGGUUAGAUUGAUUUAAAUCAUAGUUGAAAUUCAACUGAUUUUCUUUAAACUGAAUGUAUAACUUCAAGGAAAAGGAGUAAAAAAAAAAUAGAACAGUGAUUUAACAUCUAAGCUAGGUUUAGAGAGGAAUUUUCAGAGCAUAAGCUUAUUGGAGGGCUACAUUGUGAUAGGGUGAAAUGAUCUAUUAAAAGUUUAAAGAAGUGCAAAGAUUUGUGAAACAAUAUCGUGAAGGGGAAUUGAAGAAAAUGUGACCACAAUUAAACAGUGGAAUUGUUGAUCUAACUCAGGUCUCAGCUAAGCCUUCUGAUAUGGGAAAGAGCCAGAGGCAGAAGAAGUCCAAAGAUGCCAAACCAAAGGUGAAAAAGCUCAAGUAUCAUCAAUACAUUCCACCAGAUCAGAAGGCAGAUAGGUCUCCAGUUGCAAUGGAUGCUGCCUAUUCUCGCUUGCUGCAACAGCAACAGAUCUUCCUGCAACUGCAAAUACUUAACCAACAGCAAAACCAGACGUUCUGUGUACAAACAGUUCACCCUCUAACAACGAGGUAAUAAUAUAUGUAUAACAGAUCUGCCUUCUUUAUUGAUUAUUGUACAUUUUCUAUUUCCAUAAUAGCUUCUUCUUCAUUGUACUCAUUUAGUAUCUCAGCAGAUCGGGUGAUAAGUUUCGGUGGAACAUCUGGUACACCCACCAUAAAUCUCUCAUCUACAAGUGGUGCAGCAACUAUGACAACAGCCAAUUCAACCACAAUUUCACCUCUGAAGCCAGAGUUGUUGCCAGCAAAUUUGGAUGAUCUAACUGUGAGUGUUAUAGCAGUCUGUUAAGAUACAUUGACUUUCAGCAAAACAGAUGUUUUUUUUCUGUUUGUUUUUUUAACAGGAAGCAACAUUUUGUAAUUAUAGUGACACUCGGGCAGCAUAAAAUUUAUCUUUUACUUGAUAAUUUAAAUUUUAUUCUGGAUAUCAUCUUUUAACAGAAAUGGCCUGGGUAAAAAGCAUGAAGGUUGCUCCAAGACAGUUAUCAGAUGUUCUUUAACAGCUGAGUUUUUAAAAUUCAGUCUCAAUGUGCAACCAAUCUACUGGAAGCACUAAUAAACAGGACAAAUGCAGGAACACUAAAAAAUAAAUGUUCAACAAUGACUGCAUAGUUUGAAAUAAUAUUACUGGAGCAAGCCCACAGUGGAACAAAGAAUAUGCAAGGGGCAACAAUGAAUCUCAAACUGCUAUUACUGACCCAAACCUAUAUGGGUAGUGUAAACCUGAUGAUCCAUUAGUUGAAUCCUUCAUGUUUAGUAAGUAAUAUUAGGUACCAUCAUAAAUUGUGAUACAGUUGCAAGAAAAAGUAUGUGAACCCUUUGGAAUGAUAUGGAUUUCUGCACAAACUGGUCAUAAAAUGUGAUCUGAUCAUCAUCUAAGUCACAACAAUAGACAAUCACAGUCUGCUUAAACUAAUAACACACAAAGAAUGAAAUGUUGCCAUGUUUUUAUUGAACACACCAUGUAAACAUUCACAGUGCAGGUGGAAAAAGUAUGUGAACCCCUAGACUAAUGACAUCUCCAAGAGCUAAUUGGAGUGAGAUGUCAGCCAACUGGAGUCCAAUCAAUGAGAUGAGAUUGGAGGUGUUGGUUACAGCUGCCCUGCCCUAUAAAAACAAACAAACAAAAAAAACCACCAGUUCUGGGUUUGCUUUUCACAAGAAGCAUUGCCUGAUGUGAAUGAUGCCUCGCACAAAAGAGCUCUCAGAAGACCUACGAUUAAGAAUUGUUGACUUGCAUAAAACUGGAAAGGGUUAUAAAAGUAUCUCCAAAAACCUUGCUGUUCAUCACUGCUGCUACUCUCCCUAGGAGUGGCCGUCCUGUAAAGAUGACUGCAAGAGCACAGCGCAGACUGCUCAAUGAGGUGAAGAAGAAUCCUAGAGUGUCAGCUAAAGACUUACAAAAGUCACUGGCAAAUGCUAACAUCCCUGUUAGCGAAUCUACAAUACAGAAAACACUAAACAAGAAUGGAUUUCAUGGGAGGAUACCACAGAGGAAGCCACUGCUAUCCAAACAAAACAUUGCUGCACGUUUACAGUUUGCACAAGAGCACCUGGAUGUUCCACAGCAGUACUGUCAAAAUAUUCUGUGGACAGAUGAAACCAAAGUUGAGUUGUUUGGAAGAAACACACAACAUUAUGUGUGGCGAAAAAAAGGCACAGCACACCAACAUCAAAACCCCAUCCCAACUGUGAAGUAUGGUGGUGGGGGCAUCAUGGUUUGGGGCUGCUUUGCUGCGUCAGGGCCUGGACGGAUUGCUAUCAUUGAAGGAAAAACGAAUUCCCAAGUUUAUCAAGACAUUUUGUAGGAGAACGUAAGGCCAUCUGUCUACCAGCUGAAGCUCAACAGAAGAUGGGUGUUGCAACAGGACAAUGACCAAAAGCAUAGUAAGUAAAUCAACAACGGAAUGGCUUAAACAGAAGAAAAUACGCCUUCUGAAGUGGCCCAGUCAGAGUCCUGACCUCAACCCGAUUGAGAUGCUGUGGCAUGACCUCAAGAAAGCGAUUCACACUAGACAUCCCAUGAAUAUUGCUGAACUGAAACAGUUCUGUAAAGAGGAAUGGUCAAGAAUUACUCCUGACCGUUGUGCACGUCUGAUCUGCAAUUACAGGAAACGUUUGGUUGAAGUUAUUGCUGCCAAAGGAGGUUCAACCAGUUAUUAAAUCCAAGGGUUCACAUACUUUUUCCACCUGCACUGUGAAUGUUUACAUGGUGUGUUCAAUAAAAACAUGGCAACAUUUCAUUCUUUGUGUGUUAUUAGUUUAAGCAGACUGUGAUUGUCUAUUGUUGUGACUUAGAUGAUGAUCAGAUCACAUUUUAUGAUCAAUUUGUGCAGAAAUCCAUAUCAUUCCAAAGGGUUCACAUACUUUUUCUUGCAACUGUAUACUUGGUUUUAGUGGAGCGCCAAAUUAGUAAUAAAUAAAUAAUAAAAAAUAUAAAUAAAGGAGAAAAGCGUGGAAAAAUAGGAAACCUACCAACCUAUUAUAUACAAUAUACAGAAUAAACACAAUUUCCCCUAUUCUCUGGGUAUACUACUUGUUCUGAUUAAUAAAAAAUCAAUAUAGUAUUCUUCCAAUAAUAUCAUCAGGUUUAAAAAACAAACUUGGUAUACAUUUUUAAAAAGUCCAAAAAUUCAUAAGUCUGUGAAAAUAAAGCACAGGAAAUAUUCUGUCUUUGCAAAAAAUAUAUAUGAUAGAGUCCUUUAAUUAGUCCUUUAGAUAACUUUGAUAUUCAAGUAAUCCAGAUUAGCAGCUUGGAUUUUCGAAUUUUCAAUUCAUUUUUAUAUACCGUGAUCUGUGCUAUGGAAUAUAGCACAGAUCACGGUAUAUAAAAAUGAAUCGAAAAUUAAAGUAUGUUCUAAAGUAUCUAUCCCACUUAAUUAAAAGCAAAGAUUUAAUACUUUAAAAAAAUUACUUUAUUUGAAACAUAUUUCAUAAAAAUAUCUUUAGUAUAUUCAUAAAAUAUCGACAAUCUAUGUCUCUGUUUGAUAUAUAUAUAUAUAUAUAUAUAUAUUUUAUAGAAUAUUAAUUAAAGCGCAGACCUCAAGCGAGUUGCUCGGCGUCCCAAGUAAUUAGCGUGUUCCUUCUGCACCAAAUUAGAGUCAGGAUCUUGUGUGGACUGGAUGCUGGUGAUAGGAGUCAAGUCCUCUCCAAACGCAUUUCUCCUCUUCGGUGGCAAUUUCAAUGGAUAUAGACUGACUCUUAUAUCCUUCAUAUUUAAAGGCUGUUCAGUUUAGUCAGUGACUCAUUAUUAGAGACCUAUUUGGAAAUCUCAAAAUGUACUUUUUUAAAAUAUAUACCAAGUUUGUUUUUUUAAAUCUGAUGAUAUUAUUGGAAGAAUACUAUAUUAAUCUUUUAUGAAUCAGAACAAGUAGUAUACCCAGAGAAAAGGGGACAUUGUGUUUACCCACAUAAAUUGUAUUAAUAAAUUUGACCAUGGGGCUGCACCCCAGAUUAGUACAGUCAUAUUGCUGGCUGCAUCCCAGAUUAGCAAGUUCCCAUUGUUCUUUUUUAUGUAUAUGCAUGUAUGAUUUUAUUUUCACAUUUUUGCCUUUAUCGGGAGCAUAGAAUAUAAUAAAAUAGAGAGGGGAAAAAAACAAGUGGACUCAGUAUAUCUAGGUCUCAGUAUAUCUACAUAUUCUAGCUAUGUUGUCAGAAAACAUUUUAAGGAAGAAAAGUAAUUCCUUAUAUGUUUGCACAAAUACAUAACUUGCAUAAAGUUAGCUAUUGGUUGAGCUACUUAAAAAAUGAAGUUAUGCUGUCAGGUUUCACUUGUCAUACAAUGUAAAUUACAGGAAUCUAGUGUUUUCUUAUUUGCAAAUCCAUACAAAUAUGGUAUCACAGAUGUAUGUACAAUAUACACAUAAAACAAUGUGGAAAUUUAAAAGCUAUCAGAGUGUGAAUGCAUAUGUUCAGUUUGUCAUGAAGAAAUGAAAAUAUCAAGUAGCUAGAAGUGUUACUGAGGUUUCAUACAUAUUUCAUGUUGUUUAUACUUCUGUUUUAUACUUCUCUCUGGUGCACAUAUCACACUGGGGAAAUCAUCAUUAGCUUUUACUGGGAUGAGAGAAAAUGAAAUAGUCACCAAUGAAAGCGGACAAAGGGGACUCUUUAAGGUGUUUCAAUUUCCUUUUAUUUAUUGUUUUGUAGUAUUUCACUUCUAAAAAUGCCAUUAAUACUUUGUUUUCAAAAACAUAACUAUAAUGUCAUUUUUAUUAAAGGUAUCAGAACUGCGUCAACAUCUAAGAAAACGAGGGCUUCCUGUUUCAGGAACUAAGCCUGCAUUGUUGGAACGCCUUAGGCCAUACCAAAUCUCUCGCACUAAGACCAUUCCAGCUCCAAUUCAAAGUGCAGGCUUUUUAACUCCAGUGAUUGAACUACCCUCUUUUACAAAUUCAUCAACCUGUGAAAAUACUCCGGCCCCUCUGUGUACAUUUCGGACUUUGCCGUCUACUGCCUCUGUUGAGAUUCGUCAUGAGUCUUCAGAUACAUCUUGUAGUACCUCAGAAAAUUCAGAUAUUAUAGGAGGCACUGAAGACAAGGAUAUUUCCAUGCAGGGAAUUGAUGAAGACCAAGUGCUUAUAGAGAAGCAGAAGGUAAUUGAAAAUCUGACUUGGAAAUUGAGACAAGAGCAAAAGCAGGCUGAAGAUCUACGAGUAGAACUUGAGAUGCAUAAACGUUUAAAAAACCGAUGCAAAAAUGAAAAAUAUAUACCUAGAUCAUCUAUUAAAAUAGAAGUAGAUGAUACAGCUUUAACAUCAUCUUGUGCAAAAGUACAGACCGAGGACACUCAAUAUUUGUACACUUUCAACAAUGAAAGGCAAGAACGGCAGCCCCCUGUGCAGGAACCAUUGUCCUCAUCAGAUGCUAACAAUAGCUACAUGGUAUGUAAAGAGACUGUACAUCAUAGAUAAAAAGUUGUGAACAUAACAAAUAUACUUAUAUCCUGCAUGUUUUAUAAUUGAAGAAAUAGCAAUAGUAGAAACAAAAAUAAAACUCAAAUGUUAUAAAAUAAUGUUUUUUCACCUCCAGCAAGAAAUCCAAACUGGUCCUUUCUAGUACAAUGAGCCCCUUUCCUAGUAAUUAAACUCAUAAAUAGGACAUUAAGAAAAAAGAGAAAUGUUUUAUCUACAGAGCUACUCAAACGGGGAGCUAAAUAUGCAGAAACACACAAGUAGAUUAGUGCGAAUAUCAGAAUAAAGGUAGCAACCACAACAAAGGGAAUCCCUCUUACCAUUUGAAAGAACAGAAGUGUGCAAAAGUCAAUAUGGGCUGAGCCACAAAGGUUAAAAUAACAUUAAAAUGUCCAGAAAUACAACAAAAAAGAAAAUAAAGGACCUUGUAAUUCACACCAAAUGGUGUCUUUGCAGUAUGUUCAAAGGUGAGAAGUGGGUUCUUAUAACUUCGGAGUAGUGUCCGUGAUCAGUCUCUCCAGUAUCCAGUCACUAUUGAGUCUUUUCAUACUUCCUCUCUCCCUUUUUAUUUUUGCAUAUCAGGGAAACAGCAAAAAUAUUUGUGUUUCCCCAUAAAAUUAUAGAAAAGUCAGUACUGUGAAUCAUUCUCAGAUAAAUAUAUAAAAAGGGAGAGAGGAAGUAGGAAAAGACCCAAUAGUGCAUCUUUGUAUCGUAUGAUGUAGUUAUAAUAAAAACAAUAAUAUUACACUCACAUUCUUAUGAGCUAUGACCAGCUCUAGCAUCAAACGUCUGUAGUGGUACAAUCCCCACUUCGGGAUAUAAUGUGAGUGUCCUCAGUCUUAGGAGCUUCAAAUGACAGCUGGAGCUCAAACGACAGUAAAAGGUGGGGAAGCGACAAUAGUGCUCUCAGUAGAUAAAACCACGGUAUCAAGAAAUAUAAUAAAAUGUAUACUCAUAAAGCAUAGAGCAGGCCAACUGCUCCAUGGAAUCAGCUUUGGUGGUAUGAUCCCACCUCAGAUUUCUUUGGAGUAAUAGUAAAAAGCCAUGUAUGAUAAAAAUAAAAAUCCAAUCCUUUACUCCAUUUGAUGAAGCCUUAGGCGAAACGCGUUAUUGGAUGUUUUAUUUACUUUUGUAUUUUAAAUAAAGGAAUUCUUUUGAACAAUACACCAAGGUUUGUGCCAAAUUCCUUUUACCAUUUUAUUUUAUAUUUUUUUAUUAUACCUGGCUUUUUACCAUUACUCAAAAGAAAUCCGACGUGGGGAUCAUACCACCAAAGCUGAUUCCCUAUAGAAAUCAUAGCUCAUAAGAAUGUGAGUGUAAUAUUAUUCUUAUUAUAACUACAUCAUACGAUACAAAGUUGCACUACACUAUUGGGUCUUUUCCUAAUUCCUCUCUCCAUAUAUAUAUAUAUAUAUGACUGGAUACUGGAGAAACUGAUCACGGACACUAAUCCGAAGUUAUUAGAACCCACUUCUCACCUUUGAACAUACUGCAAAGACACCAUUUGGUGGGAAUUACAAGGUCUUUUAUUUUCUUUUUUGUUGUAUUUCUGGACAUUUUUAUGUUAUUUUAACCUUUGUGGCGCAGCCCAUAUUGACUUUUAUCAAACUGUCAACAAUUAACCAGAGAAAAAGAAAUACUAGGCCAAAACGGUUAUUUUUUUUUAAUCUUUAAUUUGACUAUAUUUCUAACACUACUUUUUUGUCCUAAAAUUUAAAAUUUCCUAAAAUUCCCAGUUUAGUGAAUAAUGAUAACAGGGGUUAUGUAUCAUCUUUAAACAGUAAUGUUAAUUGCAGGUUUUCUGUACACCUUCCUGUGACUUAAUUGAGCAGGAUUUUGAGCUUCCUAUGCAGAUCACAGCAAGUCCAGGAAGCCCUGUACAGAAGCCUCGGUCUUUUGAAGAAGAACUACAGGAGGCCAUUCAGAAAGCUCAGGUACAGAGAAUGCAAAAUAGUUUCAUGUACCUAAUAGUCUAAAUUCCUGGCAUGAUUUUAAAAUUAAUUUAAUCUUUGUCAACAGAUGGCUCUCUGUCAGUCUAUUGAAGAUAUUUUGGAAGAUGAACCACUAAUCCGCCCAGGUAAUCAACAUAAUCUUGAAUCUCCAACUCUUGCAAACUGCAAGAUGUUGUGUAAAAAUAAGAGUUGCUGCAGUAUAACAAUAAUUGGCCAUCUUUUCUUUUUUGUGUGGAUUUACUUAUUUUUUUCCUUUAACAUUUUGGAGGCAAAAGAGCACCUGAAAGAAGGUUAAAAAGUCUUGAAGCCUCUUUUACCUGUGUACAUCAGCAGUGUUUAUCCAUAGUCUUUUGGUGUUUUUCUCGUCCCCUGCUUCUUGGUUCACACAUAGUUGACAUCAUUCACAAUUAGCGCCUCUUGUCUGUUCACACUGCAAUUUGAAUUUUCCUGCUUGGGGACACUUCCUCAAUGAUGACACAAUGCUGGGUUCAUUGCCAGCAUGCCAGUGCAUGAAGAAUGUGAAAUUUAGUCACUCGGGCACUAUCGUGUUCAAAAUGCAGGUUUAUUCUGUUAACUCCAACUAUUGCUUCUAUUUUCUACUGACAUCAGAUUGACCGCAAAACGUUUCUUUUAUUGUAUUAUUUAUUUAAUUUUAAAAUAUUUUACCAGAAAACUGAACAAAAAAAUAAAUAUAUAUAUAUAUAUAUUUUUUUAUCUUUUUCAGAUGAAUUAAUGCAUGUAGAACCCAACAUAAUGGAAAACUUUAAAUCUGAUAAGGAACACCAACUUGCACCAUCGCCUGCAUCACAAAAUGGGAAUUUUUCAAAGCCACUGCCGUGCUGUAAUGAUGCGCCUCCUCAAAUGCCAACAUUACCCAAUUCAGGAAUCCUGGAAUUUCCUGUUCCUGGUCACUAUGACUUCCUUUCUGGUCAGGACAGCCUUUCUGUUAUCUUUAAUUCUGAUCAAAUUGAGAUGCCGCCUUCCCCACAACAAGGAGAAGAUAUGUCUCGAUCUCCCAACACCUCAUCUCGAGUUCCCUUUGAUCCAGCAGAGUGGUUGGAAGCACUGACAUCGGGAUCCACUUCCAACUAUGGACCCAGUAGUCCAAAUGGCUCUAGCAUAUUCUCCACUGACAUUUUUGACUCACCUGAUUUAAGUAUUAAUAGAAUGAUUGAUUUAAUGGUAGAGCAGUGGUAAACUGAAGCAGAUAGUAAUAUAGGAAAAUGGACACAAAUUAGUUAUAAAAUCACUAAGCAGUACUUAACAAAGAAAAUUAUCUAUGUAAUUGUAACUUUUGCUAGAUUUGUAAGGCAGGCUGGGAUGUACUGCCAAAAUCUAGGAUAUAUUUGACAUAGGAAUUUAACUGAAUUAACCACAGUCAAUUUGUUAGACAUUAUCCUGGUUAAUACAAAAUAGAAUUGGUUAACAUUCAAAUUAAUUCAGUUCUGCUCAUUGAUACAUUCUCAUUCUCAUUUCUCUUGAAAAAUAUGAAAAAUACAUACAAAUGAUGCAUAGCUAUUAUAAUUUUAACUUGAAUUGACCAUCAAAUUAAUUAACUUUGAAAUACAAUGUAAUGAGGGUCUUGAAUUCAUGAGGUGCACUUUAAAUACAUGAUGAUAAGGUGAAGAACAUCACAAUAAUAUUUUAUUUUGUAAAAUGUUAACUAAGAUAAACUAAAUUUCAUAAACCACUAAAUAUUCUAUAAUUUAUAAAGAAAUACUUCAAAAUAUUGUUUUGAAAAAUAUGAAUCUCCUGCACUAAUAUUUAUAUUUGUUCCAAAAAAAAAUAAACAAAAAGAUGAGUCAAUUUAUGUUUCAGGUCAUGUUACACACAUCUGCUAGAUUUGUAAUUGAAAUAUAUUAUAUGAUACACACCGUUCUUGUCUAGCAUUACAACUCACAUUAGCAUUAGUAUUGUAAAUACAGAAAUAUAGUAAAUGCAUAUCAGGGAAACAGAAACAAAAAUACUGUGAAUCAUUCUCAGAUAAACAAUUUCUUAUUUUGUUGUAGUUGUAUUCAUGAUAAUACUUUCAUUCAUUUAUAUAUUCAUAUUUAUGUACUGACCAUACCAAUGUACUGACUUACCUCAAGGUGGUACAUAGAGAAAAAAUAAAUCACAUAAGAAUGUCAGCAUUAAACAUAAUAUUAAUUCUCCUCAAAGGACAACAGUCCCAUAAAAAUCACUUUUGACACUUUUAAGUAAAGCUAUAUUUGUGGUUGUAUACAAUACGCAGAGUUAUAGUAAUUGUGGUGUAAGUUGGUUGUGGUGUGCCGGAACCAACGUUAGGGUAGGCCUGUAAAAGAGAGCCCACCAAGAUGAAUGACUUAAUAAAGGGAGUGGUGGGUGGGUUGAACAGGCAGUCUCAGCCCAGAGGAAGGGGAGGUCUGUGUAUUUAUAGGCUGGAACUGACGUUCUGGUUGGCCUGUAAAAGAGGUAAAAAAGUUUAACAGUUAACACUGAAUACGUGUUGACAUUACAUAACCAAUACUUAGAUGCAUGUCUCAAUUCCCUCUCAGGUUGAGGGAUAUACAUGGCAUAUGCAGAUGACUUUACUGUCCUAGCGAUUAGAUAUGUACUGAUAUAUUACUAGAGGUAGUAGGUAGAGUUGAGCGAACCCGAACAUCACGCUUUUUGGACCCCGAACCAGAACCCGGACAUUUCAGUAACAGUUCGAGUUCGGCGAUUUAAUGGCGCGUUUUGAAAAGCUGCAGGGCAGCCAAUCAACAAGCGUUUGACUUGUGUGCCCUUAGAAGCCAUCACAGCCAUGCCUACUAAUGGCAUGGCUGUGAUUGGCCAGUGCAGCAUGUGACCCAGCCUCAAUAUAAGCUGGGGUCACAUGAGCUCUUAUUAGUGUAGGGAGAGGAUGCUGCAGCUGUGAGGGACAGAUUAGGAAAGAAUUCUGGUGUUGAAUCUGCAAACCACAGCGAUUAUUUUUGUGGGUGCUAUACUACAUUUUUGUACCCUGCUCUGAGACCAGUGCCACAGAGAAAUAAGCAAUAAGUCUGUUUGUUAGGUGGGCAUUUUUGCAAGUGCAGUGCACUUGCAACUGCAUGUGUGCCAGGCACAUUACUUUAAUCCUGUUCUGAUAGCUCAGUGGGGAACAUCUAGGCAUCUUUAAAUACUGCUGUGACAUUGCAGGUUUACUAAUUAACAUUUUUUUGGUGCUAAAAAGUAAAUUUGGGGCGUGCACUUCAUAUCUGAGAGUCAAAUAGAGCCGUCAAAUACUGUGGUUACGUCGCAAUUUGAAAGAUUCAAUUUUUUUUUGUGCUAAAUAGUACAUUUGUGG